UAGCGCCCUUUUCAUGAUAAACACGUUCAAAGGCGCUUUACAGCAACUGCAGCCGCACAGGGCGCGAAAUCAUCCUCUACUAGUACAGACACAGAGCGAUCUGACCAGAGGGACAGAGUGAGACAAAGCCCCCACAGAGAGAUCAGAAAUCAGAUACAGGCUUGUCCGGCUAACUUAGCCUAGCUCGUUGCGAAUAGACAGCCUGGUUCUUUAACGUGCCCAGUGUAUAGCACUGAUACACGCAAGGAUUGGUUUAAUUUAAAAUCAAUCGUCGAUUAAUGCCAUAUUAGUAUACAGGAAUUAUAAAACUUAAUUAAUGAUAUUGUUUUAGAUUCCAAACAAUGCAGGAGGGUUUGUGUACAAGCUGGACGAUAUGAAGCGAUUACUCAGAUUUAUCAUCAUUGGUUCUGAACGGACAUAUUAUGCUCGAGAAAAAGAACUAGAGAGAGAAAAUGCUCGUUGUAUUGAUAGACUUAUCAAAGCCAAUAGAGGUGCCGAAGUACUACAGACCAUCAAAGAUAUAAGCAUUAGUAGGCGCAAUGUUAGACAGAACUCACUCUUGUUGGCGUACGCUAUUUGCGCCAGGUCAAAUGACAGCGACACCAAAAGUGCGGCGUAUGCUUUAAUGUCUGAAAUCUGCCGGAUACCAACCCAUCUUUUCAUGUUCAUCAAAUAUUGUGAAGAAGUGAGCAAAGAUGAGCGUCCUGACACAGGAACGGGAUGGGGGAGAGCACAUAAAAGAGCGAUAGGCAAUUGGUACACCAAUUUUGAAAAAAAUCCAGAGAAGCUUGCACGCCUUAUUACAAAAUUCAAGAAUCGAGAAAAUUGGUGUCACAAAGACGUUUUGAGGUUAUCGCAUACAUGCACCGAGGACCAAGUUAUGGCGUUCAUAUUCAGUUACAUCAUCAAUGGUUAUGAGAAGGCCAUGGCAAAAUUCCGUCAGACCGUCUUGGAAAUGUCCCAAGAAGAAGCUUCUAAAUUUAGAAAAAUAUCAGGUCUCAUCAAAGUCUUUGAUGAUGCCGCCAGAUGUGGAGACGCUAAUAAUCUUUGCGCUAUGAUAAAAGAGCACAAGUUAGCUUGGGAGCAAUGUAAUCAAAACCUCCGCAACAAAAAGGAAAUAUGGUGUGCUCUUCUUCCCCAUAUGCCACCAGAGGCGUUGAUACGCAACCUCGGUAAAAUGACAAGCUAUGGAAUGUUUGCUGAAAACAGUGAGGAUGAACAAGAGGCACUGGACAAAAUACGUUCAAUCAAUGUACCACGUGACGCUGCUGAUCAAGAACCACGAGAAAGGUCAGUGGAAGGCAACGAAGAUAUAGAGGAUGAACGUCCGUGGUUAUCGAGAAAUUCGUACAGAAAUUUCCUUCAUCCACUGAGAAUAUUCUUUGCAUGGAUUAUUUACAAAACAGGACAUGGAGACAGAGGAAAUAGCACAUGGGGACCCAACACGAGGAUAACUAAUGCUUUGGAAAAAGCCUUCUAUCGAGGAUACACUGCAGUUGAACCGACAGGCCAAACGUUUUACCUCGCUGUGAGUGUUAGUCCGUCCAUGUCACGGCAUAUUUUCAAAAGCAGGACUGUAACGUGCUCAAUGGCGGCAGCCACAAUGCUCAUGUUAACAGCAAGAACAGAGGAGAAUUGUAUCAUUAAAGCAUUUGGUCAGCGGACGGAAGACCUUGAUAUCUCGCCAACUGAUACACUUGAACAAGUUGAACACAAGAUGAGAAAUGCUCAACAUGGACAGCCGACAGACUGCGCUGAGCCAAUAAAAGAUGCAAUUGAUAUGCAAAGAAAAGAUAUUGACGUAUUUGUCAUUUACACAGAUAGUGAAACUUGCAUCGGAAACGUCCACCCAUAUCAAGCUCUUUGUGAGUAUCGCAAGUACUCGGCAAACCCGAGAGUAAAGAUGGUUGUUUGCGGAAUGUGUGCAACGGACUUAACCAUCGCCGACAAGGAGGAUCAGUAUAUGCUAGACAUUGCGGGAUUUGACUCCAAUGCACCUUGGAUAAUAUCCGAAUUCGCCAGAGGACAGUUAUAAACUGGGCUAAAUGUUGUUUCAUUUAAAAGGACCAAAUGUUGCGAUGACAAUCUUCAUUUUGUUUCAGUUGGAUGGACAAAUGUAUGAGUCGGAAGGUACUCCUGAAGAAUCUUAAAACAAAUAUUAUAUAAGAAGAUAUGAACACCAAGCAUGCACGAGUUAUAUUAUGUCCCCCUUCGAAGAAGUAGGGGUAUAUUGUUUUGCAGAUGUCGGUAUGUAGACCAUCCGUUUCCGGAUGAUAACUGAAGAACGCUUGGGCCUAGGAUCAUGAAAGUUAAUAGGAUAGUUAGUCAUAACUAGCAGGUGACCCUUAAUGAUUUUGAGAUUAGUAGGUCAAAGAUCAAGGUCAAAGUGACCCAGAACAGUUAAAUGGUUUCCGGAACUCAAGAACACUUGGGCCUAGGAUCAUGAAAGUUGAUAGGAAGGUUGGUCAUGACCAGCAGAUGACCCCUAUUGGCUUUGAGGUCAGUAGGUCUAAGGUCAAGGUCACAGUGACCAGGAACAGUUUAACGGUUUCCGGAUGAUAACUCAAGAACGAUUGGGCCUAGGAUCAUGAAGGUUAAAAGGAUGGUUUGUCAUAACAAGCAGAUGACCCCUAUUGAUUUUGAGAUCAGUAAGUCAAAGGUCAAGGUCACAUUGACCCAGAACACUUAAAUGGUUUCUGGAUGAUAACUCAAGAGCACUUUGGCUUAGGACCAGGAAAGCUGAUAGGGAGCUUGGUUAUGACCAGCAGAUGACCCUUAUUGAUUUUGAGGUCAGUAGGUCUAAGGUCAAGGCCACAUUGACCAAGAACAGUAAACGGUUUCUGGAUGAUAACUCAAAAACGCUUUGGCCAAAGAUCAUGAAAGUUGAUAGGAUGGUUGAUCAUAACCAGCAGAUGAUUUCUAUUGAUUUUGUAAUCAGUAGGUCAAAGGUCAAGGUCAUAGUGACCCAGAACAGUUGAAUGAUUUCCGGAUGAUAACUCAAGAACGAUUUGGCCUAGGAUCAUGAACUUUGAUAGGGAGGUUUGUCAUGACCAGCAGAUGACCCCUAUUGAUUGUGAGGUCAGUAGGUCAAAGGUUACAUUGACCUGGAACAGUUAAAAUGUGUCUGAUAACUUGAGAAUGCUUGGGCUUAGGAUCAUGUAACUUAAAAGUGAGAUUUAUCAUAACCUGGAGAUGACCCCUAUAGAUAUGAGGUCAAUAGGUCAAAGGUCAAGGUCAUAUUAACCAAGAACAGUAGAACUUUUGUGCACAAUGACCAAAUAAUUUCUGUUCCUUGUGCAAUUACUGAAUGCAUCAAGGGGGGCAUUUCGUGUUCUACGAGCUCUUGUUCCAUUAAAAGGUCAUCUUAUUGCUUGUCA